GAUAAAACAUUUGGCAUUCAAAUACACAUACGUUAAUGUAAAGACUAUUCUAUUCGCUUCUGAUCUAAGUGAUGUUUGGGGUUAGCAGUUUCUAUCAAGAAGAAAAAAGUGUCCGGGUCCUCUGUUUGGCGCGCCCCGCAUUGACAUGUAAAGUGACCCUCGCCAUAAAUACCACAGGCAGACCGAAUUCCAUCACUCUUGCCGAGGACUACUCAGAGAGCACAUCAGUCUUCAAGCAAGUAGCAUUUUGAACUUUGCCAUGGUUGCUGCAGCAGACUCAGAGAAGACCAAAGUCUUCAGUGGAAAGAAGGUUUCCAAGCCACUGAUGGAGAAGAAGCGAAGAGCUCGUAUCAACAAAUGUCUUGAUCAGUUGAAGACCUUGUUGGAAACCUGCUACUCAAACAGCAUUCGAAAAAGGAAGCUUGAGAAGGCUGAUAUACUGGAACUUACGGUCCGGCAUCUGAGACAUUUGCAAAAAAAUCACAGUGGUCCCCUUAUGAACUCCGACUACUCCGAGUACCAAGCAGGCUUCCGUAGUUGCCUGGCUGGGGUGAAUCAGUAUUUGUUGAAGGCAGACAUGGGUAGGAGCAACCAAUCCGACAUGCUGACGCAGCUCUCGAGCCGUCUUCUUCGCCCAGAUGCGCGUGAUGAAGGAUCCAGCACCGCGGACAGCGACCCGAAGAAUGGCCAGUCAACAGAUCUUACUGAGCAAAGACUGGCGGCAAAUAUGGCUCUGCAAGCGAGUCCUGUCGCCGUGUCUAACUGCGUUAGAGGCAUUCAGGACUGUGGCACGCUGGGGGCGGUGAAAGGGAGCAUGGACCAGCCAAGGAAGAGGGUGCCUCUCGAGCUAUGCGACCCAACUCGGAAGAUCCUGCUUCAGGUUUUAAUGUGCAAAACGCGUCUCUUUGCCCUCCUCUACUUCCGAGGCAAACCGUGGGGUUUUGAGUCGUGA